AUGGCGACUGCGGUGUUCGCCGGGGAGGGGACCGCCGCGCGCGGGGGGUGCUCGGCGGAAUGCGCCGGCGGGAUCGAGAGGCCGCCGGAUCUCGGGAGCAGGGCGCGUGCCGCGGGGGACGGGUGCGCUAAGAGGAGCGUGUACCUUAUGGAGUGCGUGCCGCUGUGGGGCUGCGCCGCGGCGCGCGGCCGCGCCGCGGAGAUGGAGGACGCGUGCGCCGCCGUGCCGCGCUUCGCUGCCCUGCCGGCGCGGAUGCUCGCGAGCAGCCGUGAGCUGGACGGGAUCGGGGGUGACUUCGACGCCGCGGAGCUCCGGCUUCCGGCGCACCUCUUCGGCGUGUACGAUGGACACGGCGGCUCGGAGGUCGCGAACUACUGCCGGGAUAAGAUCCACGUUGUGUUAAGAGAGGUGCUGAAAGCUGGCAGGGGGUUGGAGGAAUUGGGGGAAGUAGGGGAGGUGGACGUGAAAGAACCAUGGGAGAAGGUUUUUGGUGAUUGUUUCCAGAAGGUAGACGAGGAGGUGUCGGGGAAAGCCAUCAGGUUUUCCAAUGGCGCCACGGAGCUCCGUCCGGAGCCUAUUACUGCUGAUAACGUCGGUUCCACCGCCGUUGUUGCCAUUGUCUGCUCUUCUCAUGUCAUAACUGCAAAUUGUGGAGAUUCACGCGUGGUGCUCUGCCGUGGGAAGGAGCCGAUUGCUCUGUCCGUCGAUCACAAACCUGAUAGGAAAGAUGAGCGUGCCAGGAUUGAGGCCGCUGGUGGGAAGGUCAUUGACUGGAAUGGUUAUCGUGUCUCUGGUAUUCUCGCAAUGUCACGGUCAAUCGGUGACCGAUACCUGAAACCAUUUCUGAUUCCAAAGCCAGAAGUCAGCAUUGUUGCUCGGGCAAAAGAUGACGACUGCCUCAUUCUAGCAAGCGAUGGUCUCUGGGAUGUCAUGUCAAAUGAGGACGCAUGCAAAGUUGCCCGGCGACAGAUCCUUCUGUGGUACAAGAAUAAUAACGACGGUGCGAAUUCUGAUGGAGGCAGCGAACCCACUAUGAACCCUGCUGCAAAAGCAGCCGCUGAUUGUCUCGUGAGGCUAGCGCUGUCGAAAGGGAGCGGGGACAACAUUAGUGUCAUUGUUAUUGACCUGAAAUCAAGAAAAAAGACCAAGGGCAAAACCUAA